CUUAGGUCAUAUCUAUGAAUAAAUAAAAUUUAGUGAUGUAAAUAUCAGAAUUAGCCUAAUUUACUGGAAAGUAUAAAAAUUAGACAAGCUUCACAUAACAGACAUUGAAUGUUGUAUUUAUAUCAACAACGACUGUGAAAUUCACGCAGAAAUUCGAACGGGUCGCUCCAGCCGCGAGGCUUGUAUUGUCACCGAUAAGAAUGCCAAAUAUUAAAGUGUUUUCUGGUAGCUCCAACCAGGAUUUGGCUCAAAAGAUAGCUGACCGUAUUGGUUGUCGAUUGGCAAAAGUAACUUCCAAAAAAUUCAGCAACCAGGAGACAAGUGUCGAGGUUGGAGAAUCAGUACGUGGAGAGGAUGUAUAUAUCAUACAGACUGGCGGCGGAGAAGUCAAUGACAAUCUGAUGGAACUGCUCAUAAUGAUAAAUGCCUGUAAAAUUGCUUCUAGUUGUAGAGUUUCAGCAGUUAUCCCGUGUUUUCCAUAUGCCAGACAAGACAAAAAGGAUAAAUCACGUGCUCCGAUCUCUGCUAAAUUAGUAGCUAACAUGCUGUCAGUUGCUGGAGCUGAUCACAUCAUCACAAUGGAUUUACAUGCUAGUCAAAUUCAAGGCUUUUUUGAUAUCCCAGUGGAUAAUCUAUACGCAGAACCAGCAGUUAUAAAGUGGAUUAAAACAAAUAUACCAGAAUGGAAAGAUUGUUGUAUUGUUAGCCCAGAUGCUGGUGGAGCUAAAAGGGUGACUUCAAUUGCCGAUCAGUUGAAUGUUGACUUUGCACUUAUUCAUAAGGAAAGAAAACGUGCCAAUGAAGUAGAUCGUAUGGUUCUUGUCGGUGAUGUAAGCAAUCGUGUAGCAAUACUUGUUGAUGAUAUGGCAGAUACUUGUGGAACAAUAUGCACUGCAGCAGACAAAUUAAUUGAAGCUGGCGCGGAACGAGUUUAUGCAAUAUGCACGCAUGGUAUAUUCUCUGGUCCAGCGUUGGAUCGAAUCAAUAAGUCAGCUUUUGAAGCUGUUGUUGUAACAAACACGCUACCACAGGAAGAAAAUAUGCGUAAAGCACCUAAGAUACAAUGUAUUGAUGUAAGCACAAUGCUGGCUGAGGCUAUCCGUCGAACACACAACGGUGAAUCUGUCUCCUAUCUGUUCAAUCAUGUCCCACUAUAAACAGAACAUCAUAUAAUUCAUACUUCUGCACAGAUUUAAUUCUUUUUCAAAGUACUAAUUAAACCAUAUUAUAUAAUAAUAAUAAUAUUAAUACAAUAAUAACAUCUCUUGUUCAUAAACACAUCGAUUCAAAUGCCACUCCUUAUUGAUUAAUUAUUCUUCUAACUGUUAUCUCAAAAUUCUCCCCCAUUUAAUCCAUCUCCCUUGGUGUGUUUUUUAUAUUAACACCAACGAUGAGUUCCUUUUUCAUUGUAUGUAUGUAUGUAUUAAUGAAUGUCUUUGAAAAAAGUGUAUCUUUCAAACUUUGUUGUCUGUCUUCAUCGCUUCAUAAAUUUUUGUCAUUCAGUGUGAAUCUCCAAUAGAAAUAUCUAAUUAAAUUGAUAAGAAAGCUUCCACAGGAUACCCUACUACAGGUGACAAAGUUUUGUUUUAAGUCGCCACCGAUGCUGGCUCUGCUGGUCCUGACGACGAUGAAUGAUACCAUGGCAAUCAUUGGACUGGGAAGAAUGUUUCUCCUUCACAUCUUCAAUCAAGUUCUGCGUCUAUCUAUAUUAGAGUUGAUAAACUAUCCUUCUUUUUUCUUAGUUUGUUAUCAUUAUUAUUAUUAUGAUUUUCUUGUCCUGUUGUGGUUUUUAUGUUGUUGUUUAUUUUUCAAGGAAAGAAAUUGUUUACAACUCUGG